AUGAGAUAUUUUUGUUAUUUUAAAGUUUUCCCGAGAGUUUUCCAUACCAUGAGAAACAAAGAACAUGCCAAAAGGUCAUUGAGAUUAUUAACGACGUCUCGAAUAAUAAACCGUUUACAUUUACCUAUCAAACAAACAAGAACAUGUUUGAAUACACAAGUUUACAGACAAACUCAUACAGAAAGUGAGGAAGAUGAAACUGAGAAUUAUCCUUUACUAGAAACAGAACAAUACGAUCAGGAAGAACGUGUCAAGAAUAUGUUGUUUAAAAAUUCUGAUGAUAUAAUUAUCAAAGAAUUGAAUAAUUGUGCUUCUGUUGAAGGAGUAUGGAGAAUUAUGGAAAAAUAUAGACUGAAAUAUAAUGAAGAGCAUUUAGCACAAACAAUCCUGGUAUUGAAGGAUCUACAGAACAUGUACAGUUUGUUGAAACCUUUGGAAAUGAAUGUAUCAGAAGAGUUUUUGUCAAACCUGUAUAAAUAUCCUGAAUUUAACAAACUAUUGAGCAUCAUUCAAGAAUGUUUGAGCAAUUUUGAUUCCACACAUCUCUCCUACAUUUUACUUUAUUUGUACAAAAUGGGAAUAUCUGUGGAAACUGAGUUGAUGCAGAGUAUUGCUACACAUAUACGUGAUGAUCUUUGUAAAAACUUUGCCAUAGAUAAAUGCUCAAAACUGUUGAGGGUUUUAUUUAGUGAAAAUAGUGUAAGGCCAUACUAUGUAGCUUUGCACCUAAUUCCAGAAAUCUUCAAUUUCAUAGGUAAAUGUGACUCCCCUGAUGAUUUUGUAAAUCUGACAAUAUGUUUGGAUACACUGCAUAAUUUAGUUAAUAAAGACAUUUUGUCAAAGUACACAGAGAGAGUUGAAAACCUUAUACAAACAAGGAAACUCAAAAGCAAUGAUCAUAAAGCUAUUUUGGGUAUAAUCAGGUUUCUAAAUUAUCCAGACUGGAGGUACAAAACUUCUAUACUCAAAUCUAAGUGUAUGCUAUUGUUGAAAGAUGAAAUCACUUCUUUCAAUGUAACAGAACUUCUCACACUAUAUGAGGUGUUUUUCAAGAAUGAAGAACCUGGUGAAAUAUUGAAUGAAAUCCAAAGAUCAGCAGCAAAAUUUUGGCAAAACUGUGAAGAAGACAAUUCCUAUCAUCUAGAUACUAGCCUCAAAAUAUUUUCAGCCCUGAUAUAUUUUUCAUCUCCUCUACAGAAGUCUCAGUUUCAGAAAGACAUCCAUAAGUUCAUGAAAAAGUGUAAUGAUCCUGAAGGCUUGUUGCAACUUCGUAAAAUUUUCUCUUAUGUGAAAGUGUCUGAUAUCCAAUUGUGUGAAAGAUAUUGGGACUCAUCUUUGCAAGCUUUCAAGGAGAACAAAGAUUUAGCCACUGCAGUGAGGUUAUGUCAAAACUAUAUGCAUUUCAAUACUGACAUAGAUAACUAUAGGCAUGUGAAGUUUGAAGAAAAUAUAUUGGAGUUCAUAGAAAAGGAGAUUUCUAAUGAAAACUCUCUUUUUGCAUGCGAAUUAGCAACAUUUCUUGGUUUUACAAUAGUUUAUGGUACUAGUGAGCAUCUCCUAGAUAAAUUAUUGCAAAGAUUUGAGGAUAAUUUAAUGCAGAUCAAAGCUAUUGAUUGCCUGAAGAUUUCACAUAGUGUUGGAACUGCAUGCAACACUAUGAAUGGAGUUAUCUCAAAACAACAAUUGACUAAGAUUAGGGCUUUAUUGAGUCAGAGGACUAGGGAUAUACUUUCCUUAGAUAAAACUAACUUUAGCCAAAAUUCAAUACUCAUAAAAGCUGCAAUAUUGAGAAAUGACCAUGACAGUGUCCUAACUGAAAACUUUAUCAUGGAAUUCAAAAAAUUGCCUUAUAUGUCUUCAAAAAUGAUUGAGAAUUUGACUUAUAUAUUCUUGAAUACUGAUAGUUUGAUACCUGAAGUUAUCAAUAAUUGCACAGAGUACAUUGUCAAUCAUAGUCCUUAUAUAAUUGGAUUCAAUGCUGAGAAGUUGUUAUUUAUCUGCUAUUAUUUGGCAUACUAUCCAAUAAAUGCUGAGAAAUUCUUUCAGGUAGUCACUGAUAUCAUAAUCAGGGACCAAGAACGUCUUAGUAGUCUGGCAUUUCUACAAAGUGCUCUGUCUUUGAGUUUUUUCAACAGACUUCCCAGUUUCCUAGUCAAACAGAUAUUCAAUGUUGAAUUCAUGGACAAACUUGAUAACGAAUUGGCCAACUGUUAUUCAAAGGACAAAUAUUCUCAAAGAGUGAGGAAUACUCUAAUGAAAUUGAACAGAGCUGUAUGUUUAGAUUAUCCAGAAUUCAAUGUUCCCUGGUUUCAUGAAAAGUAUGUGCGAGAAACUGAAAAACGAUUUGCAAAAUUCUCAGAAUAUCAACUUUCUUCAAGGAUUAAAGAGCACCUAACACAAAUUGCUGGACAUCCAAAAUACAUUUUGGAAAAUUUGGUGACUCCUUAUGGAUAUCACAUUGACUUUGUGGUUAGUUUGAAUAAGGAGAAUAAAAUUGUGUAUCCAGAAUCAGGGGGAAUCAGCAGAAAGAUCGCCCUCAUUUUGACAAGAAAAUACACCUACACACGUUUCUAUGCCCAUCUGAAGGGCAAGUACCAGAUGAAGAAAAGGCACCUAGAAAUCCUCGGGUAUACGGUUUCCAUUUUGAACGUCAACGAAUGGAUCAACCUGCUUUAUUCCGUAGAGAGAUUAGAGUAUUUGAACACUCUCAUCUGCCCAGAAAAAGUUGAAACUGUGAGAGUGAAGACUGGAAGGUGA